CAGCGUUUUUUCUCUCCGGCUCAGAAAGACCGGGAUUAAACUGGAGUAGGAACCCAUGAACGGACCUGCGGACUGGAGUGCCGGUUUUCCCUGUAUCCCUGUCUGCCCUGCCUCCCCCUCCCACAAAUCUCUGGUACCCUGGGGCUGAGGAACCAUGAGUCUGCUCUCUAGGACUAAGGAGCGCGGCUGGGGGGUCGCCCUCCGGCCAGGCGUGACAGAGGUAGACGUCGGGAGGAAUGUGUGGGAUGAACGCAGCCUGCUGAUUGGAUUCAACCGCAGGAUAUCGCGGUGGUUCGGUGGAGUUACAGGCUCAGUUCUUUACAAAUGUAUUCUGAAGCCGGCUCAAGAAUGGUUUAUGGAAUCCCCCCGGUUGUCCACAGCCUCCGUCUGCAGCAAUGAGCAAUCGUCCCCAGCCAUCCCGCCGGACUGCUCCACCUCGCUGUCCGCCAGCCCCCGCGACGGCAAGCGGCCAGUGAGCCUGGUGUCCACGCUGUCCUCGGGAUCGUCCCGGGACGGACACAGCCUGUACGGGAGCAGCGCUGCCCUUGAGGGGACUGCACCCACCUCCAGAGACGACGUCGACCUGGAGCUGAGCCCUGCAGGGGGCACCGAAGAGCAGCAGCAGGGGCAAGCCGAACCCGGAGGGCUUGACCCCCAGCCCAAAAGGCCACUUCAGCGCAACAGCGGCCACACCUCCCCGAGUCGGGCUGACCGGACGCGACAGCGCCCCCUCUCUCCUUUUGUCGCCAUGGCGCCCAACCCUAAGCUCACUUACCUGGACCGCGUUGUCAUGGAGAUCAUCGAGACAGAGCGGAUGUAUGUGAGGGAUCUGCGCAGUAUUGUGGAGGACUACCUGGCCCACAUCAUCGACAUGGGCGACCUGCCUAUCCAACCGGAGCAGGUGUGCGCCUUGUUUGGGAACAUUGAGGACAUUUACGAGUUCAACAGUGAGCUGCUCCAGGAUCUGGACAUGUGUGACAAUGACCCCGUGGCCAUCGCUCGCUGCUUCGUCCUCAAGAGCGAGUACUUCGAGAUCUACACGCAGUACUGCACCAACUACCCCAACUCGGUGGCGGCGUUGACAGACUGCAUGAGGAAUAAGACCCUGGCCAAGUUCUUCCGGGACCGGCAGGCCGCGCUGAAGUGCUCACUCCCGCUGGGGUCCUACCUGCUCAAGCCCGUGCAGAGAAUCCUCAAAUACCACCUGCUGCUGCAGGAGAUCGCCAAGCACUUUGACCCGGAGGAGGAGGGCUACGAGGUGGUGGAGGAGGCCAUCUACACCAUGACGGGCGUGGCCUGGUACAUCAACGACAUGAAAAGGAAACACGAACACGCCGUCCGGCUGCAGGAGGUGCAGUCGCUGCUCAUCAACUGGAAGGGGCCGGACCUCACCACCUACGGGGAGCUGGUGCUGGAGGGAACCUUCCGCGUGCACCGCGCCAAAAACGAGAGGACGCUCUUCCUCUUCGACAGGAUGCUCCUCAUCACCAAGAAGCGAGGGGAGCACUACGUCUACAAGGCCCACAUCUCGUGUGCCACCCUGAUGCUGAUAGAGAGUGCCAAGGACUGCCUGUGUUUCAGUGUCACCCACUACAAGCACCCCAAGCAGCCUCACACCAUGCAGGCGAGGACCGUGGAGGAGAGGAAACUGUGGGCCCAUCACAUCAAGAGGCUGAUCUUAGAGAACCACCUCAUCCCACAAAAGGCGAAAGAGGCCAUCAUGGAAAUGGACUCCAAAUAUCCGCCAAAGUUCCGCUACAGUCCUGAGAGGCUGAAGAAGUCCAUGUCCGGCCAGCUGGACGACGUGCCCACUGCCGGUCGUCAGGGGCGGAGGCAGUCAGAGCCAUGCAAGCAGAUCACCAAGGUCACUAAAGCCAUUCUUAAGCACGCGGACAGCGAAGGGGCCCUGCCAGCCGACGCUCGCUGCGGGCAGGCCCGCGGUAGCGUCAGCACCCUGGGCUCAAGCCUAGGCGAGCCUGAGGCUGAGAGGCCUAGCGUGGAGGAGGAUGAGGAGGACCCAGGUUUCAGGAGGGACACUUAUGAGCGGCUGAGCCCUAGUGACAGUGAGGAACCGAGGCCGGAGAGGGCACCUGGCGCGGGCGGGGCGGAGCAGGAGCAGGAGGAGGAGGAGGAGGGGGAGAGUGACAAGGACGAUAUUCUGAUGGAGGACACCCAGGUAGCCGACUUCGCCAGCUCGGUGCUGGCAGCCAUCCCCUGCUGGCACUUUAGGGCCAGGGCUUUGCUUUCCGCUCAGGUGACAACGGACGAAGAAGGGAAUGACAUCUUAGAAGAAAAUGGGAUUAACAGGCAAAACAGCCAAUCGUCUGGUCAGGAGGAUACAUGUGACACAAUGGAGGGCGGGUCCCUCAUUGAGCAGGCCCCUACUGAAGAGCCACCGUCACACAACAGCAUCUUUCAGUCCAGCUCCACUGAGAAACCUGAGCAAGACCCUCUCUCAAAUUCUGAACCUGCUGGCCCAAUAUCCAGCGCCCCCAUUGGGCAGGAGACCACCGAGUCCGAGGCAGACCAUGGUGAGGAUGGAGAGGAGAUGAUGGAGAUAUCGCCUGUGCCUCAGCAGGCGGAGUCCAAGGCUUCGAGCAGCGGGGAGGCGUCGACGACAGAAGAGGAGGACGAGGAAGAGGAGGACGAAGAGGAUACGGCGGCAGAGUCAAACGAGCCCGCCAGCAUCUUGCCCCCCUCCGUGCUGGACCAGGCGAGCGUCAUCGCCGAGCGCUUCACCGCCGGCGGCCGCCGGGGGAGCCUGGCGGGGGACGAGGCGCGGUCUCUCGGCUGCCCCUCCCCGCGGCUGCCCAGCAGGCGGGGCAGCACCUUCAGCCUGGGCGGCGACGCCCAGCGGCUUAACAGUGCCUCCGCGGAGCCCCCGCUGGGUCUGCUCGCCCCGGACACUACCCUCCUGGGGGCAGAGCUCAGGGUGCCCUCCCCAGGCCCCGACAGCCCCUUUGAGGGGGACCCUCACUGGAAGAGGGACUCCACCCUCUCACGGCAGGACCGGCUGCUAAUUGGCAAGAUCAAGAGCUACUACGAGCACGCGGAGCACCGCGGGGCCAGCUUCGCCAUCAAGCGGCGGGAGAGUCUGACCUACAUCCCUGCUGGCCUGGUCAGGAACUCCGUCAGCCGGCUCAACAGCAUUCCCAAGGAUGGGGCCUCCCCUGACCCCGACUCCACCUUUACUCCUGCCUCUGACUCCGACCCUGAGCCUGACCCCGCCCUCCACUCUGCCUCCAGCGGUGACCCCAGUGGUGACCCCACUUCUCACACAGAGGUAAUCAAAGGUGAGGAGUCGUCCUACGCCGAGGUCAAAGCACGGGUGGACCCUGGGGUUGGGAACUCCCAUGAUGCCAGCAGGACCACAGCUGAGAAUGAAGAGUUCCUUCCUUCCUCCGAGAUGAUCAGGGUGUGGCAGGAGAUGGAGAAGGAGGUGGCCGGGGCACGAUCAGUGCCCCCCGGCCCCGUGAAGCCGAGGGAGGUCCCUGGCACAGGAAGGGCCUGUAAAGGGAUGCUAAGAAAGGACCAGCUGCCCAGGGGAGCCUCUGACACGGAACACAGCAGGCCCCCGAAGGCGGAAGCUGAACCGAGAACGGUUGGUAAGGAGCAUGUCAAGGACCUGAAGGGCAGGGCCGUGGGACUGGGGCAGCCAGCAGGCCUGAACCCAACCCGCAAGCCCCAGGAGGGGAGCAGGGCGAAAAAGGCGCCCGCCCCCAGGGUGAUCCGCCUGGGCUCCGACGCGGACGAGGAGCUGCUCCGGCACGACGAGGAGAAGGCUAGGAACAAGGUGUUUCAGCUGGCGCGCCAGUACAGCCAGCGCAUCAAGAGCAGCAAGCCCAUGGUGAGGCAGCGGAGCCAGGACUCCGACAUCCUGCUCAGCGCCCGGAACCUGCCCUCCGUGCUGGAGGAGCGGCCGGAGAGGGACGGCAAAGGUAAACUCAACCAAGGACUGCCCCUGACGGUCUACGAUCAAGUGAUUGUGCGUGAGCUUGGGCCCGCAGCACAGAUGAGGUCCCCCAGCCCAGGCCGCACCCCCAGCUCGGGGUGCAGCCCCCGGGUGCUGUCUCCCAGCCGCCCGCAGUGCAGGAGCCCGGUCAGCCCUGUGCCCGCUGAGAGCUUCAACUGGCCGGACGUGCGCGAGCUGCGCUCCAUGUACGCCCGCCGGGGGCCGGACGGGGCCGCCGGACGCAGCCGCUCCAUGCCGGAGAGGAUGGGGGCAUCCAGCCUGGGGAGGCGCUCCAGCUGCUCCAGCUGCAGCUCGGGGACGGCCCCCGGCGGACUCUCGGAGGCGCCGGCCUACAGGCCCCACCCACCGAGAGAUGGGGCAGAGGGCUGGGCCCGGGUGUGCCGAGCGGGCUCCCUGGAUAACCGGCUGAGCGGACUGCACCUGAGCCACCUGCAGAGCAUGCAGAGCCAGGUCUCCGGCCCCGGCUACUACAUCUCCGGCCAGGCCGCCCUCCCCAACAACCACAGGGUCAUCGUCGUAGAGAAGGUCGCAGAGCCGACGCCCCAGGUGGGCGGGGCUGGGCCAAAGGAGGCGGAGGCAGAGGGGGAGGGACAGACAGGUAUAGGGGCGGAGCCAGAGCCGGAGAAGGAGGAUGAGGACACUGAUGGGAGCUACGUGCAGAUCCGCUCGCCCACCUCCCGGGAGAAAAUCUCCAUCAUGGCUGUCAUCGACCGCUGCAGGGCCUACCAGGAGUCGGACGAGUACAGGCAGCGGGAGGGGGGCGGAGCUAAGGUGGAGCUGGCCAAAAGGUGCGGAUGGGACAAGGAGCAAGAACUGAGCCCGCCUUUCAGCAAGAAGGCGGACGACGCCCAGAGAGCCGCAGCAGGCAAAAAGACAGACAGCAGCCAAAAUGGUGUGGUGAGAAACCUGAGAGAAAAGUUCCUAAACUUGGGAUCAAACACUUGAGCAUUUUAAAAUAAAAAACAAUUAAAUUCUUUUUUGGAAAUGUGAAGUAUUUAAGAAGCUCUGACAUCAGGCUUUUAACUUGGUCUCCUUCCUUUAAGGUGUCACUUAUUUUGUGGGCAAGUCGAUGCAAAAUGCCACCUCAAGCGAAAAGAGGAAAAGAUUAAAUUGUGAAUUUGUCUCCUUAAUGUUCUGGUGACUCUUGUUGCUUAAUCACAAAGUAUGGCAGCUUCUUGCUGUGCCAAGAUAUCCGGGCGUAUCAUCUGUCAAAUUUCAAAUUUGCAAACUCAUUUUCCUCCCUUUGCUGUCUUGUUAGUUUUUUAUGCAUUUGUCACGUGUGAAUGGCUUCUGUCGUCUGGCACAGCUAAUGAAAACGCCAAAAUGGUCCUGUUGAUUAAUAUUGUCACCUGAAACUCUGGGAACCAGUGGGCUAACUUUCUGUAGAACGUUAUGAAUUUUGAUAGAAACAGAAGCCGUUGUGUUUAAGAAUGUAGUAAAAGUGUCAUUUUAGCUCAGACAGGAAAGCAUAAAUACUUAAACAAUUGAUGUCUUCCCCAAGCUAGAAUUUUACACUCCUCUAAAGUACCUUUGUGUACUGAGGAAGAUGAGAAAUUAAUUUGUCUUUUCCCUUUCUAGCUUAGCCUUCUAAAAGCUUUUUAUGAUUUAACAUUUUUGUUCUUAGUAUUUGAAAGCGCCUUUACCUGUUUAAAGCUGAAAGAUCCA